AUUGAAAACCGUUGUAUUGAGUUUUAAAUUUGCUAUGACCAGGUCAAUACAUGUAUAUUACUAUGAUUGGCUUAAGGAAGGAACUAAAUACAUAUUAAAGAAUAUAUGGGAAUUAUAUCCAUGUAUUCGUGAAAUUUUGCUUCACAAACAUUUAGCUUAUGAGUCCGUAACUUUUGGUACUCGUCUGCAACAGUGACUCGUGGCUCGUGACAUGUCACACAUCUCUAGGUAUGAAUGUCAGAACUAAGCCUGGAAAAAGUAUGUUUUGUUAAAAACAUGGCGAAUUAUACACAUAAAAACGUUUGAUUUAUAUUUUUAAUUCCAAAAUCAUUACGCAAGUGACACAUAAGUAAUACACUUAAAGCCCCAAGUCGACGCGUGUGUGUAACAUAAAGUCAAGCAAGAAAAUUCCAGCACAGACCUUGAGUGGGCUCACAAAUACACACACACGCACACAAGAACUUAACACAUACGUAGGUAAACGGGUUGAAAACGUCACAGCGACCAGCGCGACAGUUCCUGAAGUGUUUGCAGCUGCUGUUAGCCAAAUUACCACGACAACAACAACAAAAACUAUUGCCAGAAAUUGGAACAAAGGACACACAAAAAAAUGGUAAAUGUACCGCCGCCACUCUUGUGCAGCACCCCACCCCCGAUUGACUUUGGUGAGGACGAUGACGAUUCGGGGCUGCAAUCGACACUCCACUUGGAAGACGACGCUGACGAAUACUCUGAGUAUGGAUUAGUCACCCACACGAACGAAGCUGCGCUUAAUUCGAAAGAGCCGCCGCUGCUAGAAUUGCCCAUAUCAUCAGCAGAGUACAACGCACACUCGCUGCCGCCCGAUCUAAGCAAUGGCACUGUUAAAACAUUGGCAGCUACAGCGGAGGCUUUUAAUUACCAGGUGAAAGCUCCCGACAUUGAUAUGGCAAAGGAGCAGCAAAUAUCAGCCCCACAAGGCGAUGAUGUGGUAGCUGCCACUGUGGGGCAUGAUGAAAUUGCAAACGUGGCAGAGCAGCAGCUGGAGGUGGAAGCUGAGGAGGAGGAGGAGGAGGAAGCCAAUACCAAUGAUAAUGUGCCCUCGCUUAAACUGGACAGCCUAAGUCUAUAUUCCAGUGAAAGUGUUACGCCUCUCAGCACCUUAUCGCCAGUAGCUGAUGAGCAGGCAACCAAAGCGCCCUCUGUGUGUCACCAGGUGACGCUGGAGGAUGUGUCCGAUGACAGCGACGAGGAGUGUUCGCCAAAGAAACCCAAAGAACUAUUCAUACCCGAGGGUGCCGCUGACUUUUUUGCCAUAGAGAUUGUGCAAACACCCACGCAGCAUGCGCCUACGUUGCAUAACCAAAUGCCUAUCGCGAGGCCUGAGUCUGACUUUGCUGCGUUCCGCGAAGAAGCUUUCACAGAAACGCCGCAUAAUGCAACAAUUGAAAAUAUAGACGAGGCUGAGGCUGAGGCUCAGGCAGAAGAUGAUGACUUUGGCGACUUUGCGGACUUUGCUGCAGCUCCAAUGGUGGUUGAGCCAGAGGAGCCAGUGGCGGCCACCAGUCAGGAUGAUGGCUUUGAUGAUUUUCAGGAUUUUGUCACGCCCGCAACGCCAGCUGCACCAACGCAGGCAGCCGCCGAAGACGAUGAAGAUGAUUUCGGCGACUUUGCGGAGCCAACAUUUGAGUCCGCUCCUGCUGCAGCGGCGCCCACGUUACCACAACCACCACCGCCAGCUGUUGCACAUCUAAGCAUUACCGAGCGUGUGAAACCAGUGCUGGAGAUGAUGUUUCCCAACCUUGAGUCGAGUUGUGAGCUAUCUGCAACCAAGCACGCACCGCUAGCUGAGACGCAAUCAUUGCAUUUCGGUGCUAUUGAGCAGGCGCACGCUCUGGACUAUCAGUGGGCCAACUCAGAGAUGCGACAUUCCUUGGUGCGUUCACUGGCCAUCGAUUCGCGUAAUAUUCUCUUUGGCGACAAGUGGAACUCAUCUAUGCCCCGAUUCGCGGCCAAUUUGAGCUUCGAUCCUUUAAAACCACUCAAACCGUUGUCUGCAGCGCCUGGACCGAAUCCUUCCUUGCUGGACUCCCAACAGGCGCACAUGACCAGCUGGCGGCCCACGACCAGCAGCUCCAAUCAGCAGCCACUCCCGGGACUUGAAGCAGCCGCCGCAGGAACAGAGACGGGCCAAGCUCAAGCGCAGCCUAGCUCUGCUUAUGGGCAAGGCGCGACCAACGACGCCAACUGCAGCUCCGAUGAAGCAAAUGACGCCUUGCCCGCCGCCGCCUGCCUUGAUGACACCCCAGCAGCAUCAUCAGCAUUUGCUGCUGCAGCAGCAACAGCGCCGCUAUCGCCUACUCUAUCAACAGACGGGAAUGGCCACGGCUUCGACGACGCUGAGCAACUCCCUCAGCAGCAGCAGCUUGAUCUGAGAGAGUCUCCGUCGCCAUCACCAACACCGCCGCCUCCACCCACAGUCAGCAGCCAGCAGUUGCAUGAGGUUACCACCAGCAGCUGCAGCAGCAGCAAUAGCUUUACGUUGCCGCUCAAGGAGACGCAUAUUUAUACACCCUCCAAAUCAGACACAGCGGUGGCCAAAACCACAACCCUUGCGCCCAUUGAUUUCGACUACGAGAUUGCCUCCGCUGGUAUUAUUAUAGAUGAGACGGUUGUCAAGAAGGAAUAUCGCGAUGUGGAGUACAAGCCACCGCCUUACGGUCUCGACUCGCCCAGCAAACUGAGCGCCUCGGGCAAGCCAACAACGGAGGAUGAUGAUUUCAGUGAUUUUCAGUCUGUACCCGCCGUCAAAAACGCCACCCAUUUGCAGCCCCCACGCAAUGGCACGCCCACAUUUGGGGAGCAAAUGAUACUCAGUCCGGCCAUAUUGUUGCCUCAGACAAUUCCAUUGGCCAAGCCCAGCAUUGAGUGGGGCGACAAUGCGCUGGCCAGCAUCAAUGCCGAGGAACUGGCGCGCAUCGAGGAACUGUUCUCGCAUCAGUUCAAGCCCCCAACGAUAAGUGCCAGCGUGGCACAACAGUCACCCAAGCAGCAACAGCAGCAACAAAAGCAACAUCACGAGGAUGAUGAGUGGUCCGAUUUUGUUUCCGUGCCCGUGCAACAGCAGCAACAAAACAACCACAACAACAAUGUUUUAAAUGUGCAGAGAGCACGAAAGGCCCCACCAAUCACAGCUGCGUCCCAAAAAGAGGAUGACUGGUCGGACUUUGUGAGCAGCACUGCGUUGCCUGUGCGCGCUGCGCCGCAGUUUAAUUCGGGCGCCUGGCAGAGCGCCAACUUUUACAAUAAUCCGCUGAGUCUCUAUCAACAGCAACAACAGCCGCAUGCACAUAGCAAUAUAGUGCCCAAAUAUCAAAGCAGCAGCAACAACAACAACAAUAAUAAUGUACCCCAGCAGGUUCACAUGAUGCACGACUUUUCCACAGCACCGACAACCACAGCCAACGGAGUGCCCGCAACUUAUCAGCACCAGCAUCAUCAACACCACCAGCAGCAGCUGCAGCAGCAACAACAACAUCAGCAGCAUCGCCAGCAAUUUCAUCUGAGCAAUGCAAAGGUGGCACCACGCAUAUCCCUAAUACCGGAUCUGAGCUUUGUGGCCCCAGCGUUGCCCACCAAUGCGGGUGCCUUCAUGAGUUCGCUGCCCAAGCCCAGUUUUAGUGCCAAGAAAUGACAAAAGCUGCGCGACGCGAAAAAGUUGCGGCCGCAACAGCAGCAGCAGUCUACAAUGUUGUUGGUGCCGCGGGCACGCCCACUCGUAGCUGAGGCGAGCAUCUUGACGUAGGCAACGCGUCAGUCAGUAUUAUGAAUCCGUCUAGAUAUUUGCUAUAUAAGUUUAACAUAUAUUGUGAGAGCAAUUGCGUGCAAUUUGGCUCUUGUUAUUGUUAAUGUGCGUGUUGCUGUUGUUGUUGUCAU